ACACGGACAGACUGAUCGACGUGGAUGUAGCGUACUAGAGUGACACAGCUGUAGUGUAUGUUUACCAGCUGUAUGAGAGAACGGGGGGGCAGUGAGAGAAAACUAGAACUGAAAGAGACGAUCGAUAGCUUUACCUAAAUUACAAUAACUAGGUCUGAUACAAGUUUUAACGGCUAUUGACUUCGUUUAACUAGUCAGUAAUGGCUGGGGAGAGUGUGUUUUUAAACUUAAACUAUUGCCUGACAGAAAACAAGAAUUGCGAAUAGGGAGAAAUAAAUUAGAAACGCCGGAGUAAUCGCUACUAUUGAUAACAAUAAUAUUGAUCAGAAUGCGAAGAGCUUGGGUGAAUAUUGUCGCCUGAGAAACUAGCCACAAAAUUACAAAACGUGUCAGUGAACAAAAGAGUCUAAUAAUUUAACUUAUUAAAGGAUAUUUCUUUGCUGGGAAACGAAAUCUUGACUCGAAAAAAACUUGACAGUGAACGAAAGGAACCUAAUAAUUCAACUUAUCGAAGGAUAUAACAUUGAUGCAGAACGAAACCUCGACUCUAAGAAGUCUUAUUGGCAAUAAAGGAGAAUUAAAAGUAUCUUGCAGAUGCUCAAUGUGGAUAUCUACAGUUAAAUAACUAAAUCCAGAGAAACAAACCACUCGGAUUUAUAGAGAAACUACACAUUCUCUGCUUCCAGGAUAACCAUGAUCGACAUAUUUUGCCGAGGUUUAUUCUUGCUCCUGGUGGGAUUAUGCGGAUUACUUGGUGACGAUGUUUCAAGAUUUUCAAGACGAGAGAUGUUGAAUUAUUUGUUGGAUCCUUCGAAAUACGACCCAAGAAUUCCACCGGACUAUGAACAAGAUCACCCUACCAAUGUGACACUACAGAUAUAUUUGUUGAGUUUUGACACUGUUAAUGAAGCAGGCAUGGAGUAUUCCCUAACCAUCUAUUUACGUCAGAAAUGGGUUGACCACCGACUCCAGUUUACCGACUACAACCGGUCUGAUUGGCUAGAAUUAGACACCCGAAGAAUACAUAAUGUCUGGGUUCCCGACACGUUUUUCAGGAACGAGAAACGCGCAUCAUUCCAUAACGUCACCGUACCAAAUAGACUUAUACAUAUUUAUAAAAAUGGAACCAUAAAUUAUAGCUUAAAGUUAUCGUUAACCUUGGGCUGUCAGAUGAACCUAGUAGAAUACCCUCUAGACUACCAGGAGUGUCCAAUGAUUUUACAAAGCUAUGCUUAUAGUACGGAUAACGUGGUGUUUUCUUGGACUGAUGUGAAACCUAUAUCAAUUCAACCAGAAAUACAACUCCCACAAUUUUUCAUAGAAGGUUAUUAUAUAGAAGAAUGUCAUAGUUUAUUUGAGAAAAAUUUUGCUUGUAUCAGAGCUAGUUUUCAACUACGGCGAGCAAUCGGCUAUUUCAUCGUGCAGGUUUAUAUACCAAGUAUCAUGAUAGUAAUUCUAUCGUGGAUAUCAUUUUGGAUAGAUGUGGAGGCGGUGCCGGCUCGAAUCUCUCUGGGUGUUUUAACAGUGCUAACUAUGACCACACAGAGUUCUGGGGCUCAGUCGUCUUUACCUAAAGUGUCGUAUAUUAAAGCCAUAGACGUCUGGAUGGCCAUGUGUUUAUUUUUUGUAUUUGCUGCUCUGUUAGAAUUUGCUUACGUUAAUGUUGUAACCAGAAGAAGAACUAAACAACUUUUGUUACUUAAAGCUAAACUAGAUAAUGAUCAGGUAAGGUUCUAA